AUGGAUUCGGAAGACGGGGAGUUGUUCAUCAAGCAACUGGCUACAUUUGUGCGUACGCAUGAGAAAGCCUUAGCCAACGCUCUGCAAUUCAGGCGCCAAAAUCUCCCGAGGCAUGGUUCAUCACAGAGCGUCUCGUCGAUUUCGACGAGCAACAUUGCCACGUCUCCGACAGCCAUGGAACGACCCGCCACAUCUUCCUCCGCCUCAAGUUCCCUCGCCGCCGCUCUGUCGCUGGGCACCUUGAGUUUCACCUCUGCCUCUGUGAAGUCGGCAAAGCUCGCCUUGACUUCACAUCACCUUUUCUACCUUCUCUCGCGUUUUGAAGAGCUGGGCAUACCUGUUGGACCGAUGAAGGUCCGCCUUGAAAACCUUCAUGACAAUUCUUCUUCGGCCAACUACGUCUCGUUCCUCAGCCAGUCUCAGCGAACUAAGAGCCGCGAGUCUGAUGUGGGAUCUAUACGCUCCGUGUCUAGCAUCCGGAGUGUCAUGUCCGGCAUGUCGGCUUUGUGGGCAAGUUUUGGAAUUGGGAGCAGCGUGUCCGCGGCUCGUACCGAAAGGCAAAAGGCUGCUAUACAGGCCGAUUUGAAGUACUUGUACUCGGCCUUCACCAAAAUCCCUUGCCUGAAGCUCGCUCCUGACUGGAGAGCACGUUUGAUCAGGGGUUAUGAAGAGUUCCCCUUUGACUCGGCCGUCCCGCUUUACGUGUUCAAGAACGUACAGGCUCUUGAGGUGUGCGAUAUGGACUUUCGACACUUCUUUGGCUGGGACAGAAUGGCCGAUCAGCUGCGAUCGCUGACACUCAAGCGUGCAAGCAUCGAUGAUCCCGCAGACAUUCUGAUCGACAUUGUCCUUGAUGACAUGGACAAGCGUCGAAGGCGAUCUUCAAAGACGCAAGCUUCGCCCACAACGCCCUGGGGUGCCGGCGCUUCCAGCCCCCGACGAACCCCAACCGCUGGACAGAAUGAAUCACAUAAUUCUACUUCGGCACCUGGCUCCCCCCAGCCAAGGUAUUCGACCGGAGACCUACAAAUUGGGUCCUUGAACAGCGAGGCAAGCAUGGGUGGCAAAGACGAUGCAUCGGACGACAGCAGACGGCCUUCACUCGUCAGAGCCGACAGCGGUGAAGCUUCCACGUCGCCGUCGAAAUCAUCACGACCGAGAAGCCACUCGCCACGAAGGCCCAACAGCUCCAGGAACUCAACCUCUCACGUACGCACUUCCCACAAGAUCCGUCGUUCGGGCUCUGGAAGUUCCCACUCGAGUCUUUCGGACUCAUGGCACGGACACCACCGAGGAGGGAGCACAUCGAACCUGUUGUCUGUAGGGAUAUUGCCGGCAUCAAAAUGGCGAUUCUUGAAGCAUUUGAGCCUUGCCGACAAUUCCCUCACUUCCAUCUCUGCCACCAGCCUAGCCCCCCUGUCAAACACGCUUCAUUCACUGGACCUGUCAGCCAACCUUUUCACCCAAAUACCUGACAGUUUAGCGACUCUGACGGCACUACGAGCUCUCAAUCUCUCUCAUUGCAUGAUAGACUCGCUGCAUUCACUUUUGAGGAAUCCCUUGCCGGCCAUCACUGCUCUCAACCUUCGCGCUAAUAGGCUUCAGUCAAUCGCGGCAAUCGAAAAGCUUUAUCCUUUGGAGAGACUGGACCUCCGGGACAACAAGCUGACUGACCCCAUGGAACUCGCUCGGCUGACCAGCAUCCCCGACUUGCGGGAGGUGUAUGUCGAAGGAAAUCCAUUCACUCGAACCCAUAAAGAUUACCGCAUCACCAUCUUCAAUCUAUUUCGCCAGACACCAGGUUAUACCGAGGACAUCACAAUCGACUCUACAGGGCCCACGUACGCAGAGAAGAAGCAGCUGGUUGAUCGUGUUCCGCUUCCGCCAGCUGUUCCUGUCGUCAAGCCCCGCGCCUCUGAAAUGCCUGCAGUCGAUGUUUUGAAGCCGGCUAUCAUCUAUGAGACCCCCAAGGAAGCCGCCGUGCUACGUAAAGAGCGACCACGGCCCAAGGCAACGGCCAGCGAAAUCAAUACAAAUUCGACUCGCCGUAGACGAGCCCCGAAGAGGCGCAUUGUAGACUUGGCCACGAAGGAGUCUUUGGCUGCGAACGGACAGCCUACAGAGGUUACAGUCCAGCCAGUGAAGAGUGCCCAGAGUCGUGGUGUCUACAAAGAGGACAACUACCGCAUUUCACAGACUGCGGACUCACAAUCACCGCAACCGAGUGCGCCUGUCUCGAUCAACAAGAUGCCAACCACAACCCAAGAGGUACCACGCAUUAAUACCGACAUCCUGAAGACGGACGCUGCGAAGCAACCUGUCGUCAUCGCCUCACACGAGCCCGAACCCUCGUGGCAAGCCUCACCUCCUGUCGACUGGGAUGCGGGCGGCGAAGUCUAUAGGCGGAAAAUCGAAGAGUUACGCGACAAGGUGGGACAGGGCUACCUGAGCGUACUCAGCGAGGAGGGCUGGGAUGCAUCACGGCACCUCCAAUCACACUUCCAAGACGUGCAAUUCGGGGCUUCGAGUCCUGCCAUGCGCCAGGAUCCGACGACACCUCGGGUUGUUCAGCCUAUACAUGCUGGGCGCACCCUUGGAUGA